CUAGAAUGACACGUGUUUCCUUCUCCUCCCAGGUGGUUGUCUCUGCCGUCCCAGUGUGACCAGGCCACCAUGUCCCUGUCCAGUUUAGCCUGUCCUCUGAUGCUCUGUCUCAGGGACCACCUGCUCCAGCUGCAGCAGAUGCUGUGUCUGCCUCUCUUCCAGAUGGGCUGGCAGGACCUGGCUGAGAGGCUGGACCUCUUCCUCUACCAGAAUGUGAUUCUGUAUAACCACUUCAACGAGGGGGGUGCAGCCCAGCUCCAAUUCGACAUGACAAGAAACCUCUUCCCUCUGUUUGGACACUACUGCAAGAGGCCUGAGAACUUCUUCAAACAUGUGAAGGAGGCCUGCGUCAUCCUGUGUCUGAAUGUGGGCUCAGCUCUUCUUCUACGAGACGUCCUGAGGCAGGCUGAGGAAGACGAGGAGGAACCAGGGACCCCGGAGGGCAAGCAGCCCAGCCCUACGUCAGCCCUCAACGAGCUGGGGGUCUACCGCCUGGCCCCCUGCGACGUCCUCAUCCUGCUCAACCUCAGGGCCUCCUGGCCGGGAAAGUGAGGGGAGAUGGGAGGAAGAACAGUAGCCUGGUCCCAGAUGGGUUUUUGACAACUCCUAUGGUCUUUGUGAAGCCGAUUGGCGUAGGAGUUGAGCAAGGCAGCAUUAACAGAUCUGUGACCAGGCGAGGACGGGCUUCAGCUGGCAAAGAGCAAACACUACCAAUGACCUACACCGUAUCCCAGAAACCUGGAAUAGACCGCUGCCAUUCCUGAAUACUCCCGUCCCGUUUCAUCCCAGUUUAGUUUACUUUGCCGAUCCUCCGUCUACAAGCUCAGCACCUGUUCCAUAUCAACUCACCACUCCUGGUCUAAACGCAGGGGAGAGACCUCGACUGGAGCCUGAAGGAUGUGUUUAAAUGAACUGCUCAUGUAGAUGACAUUAUUUGUCUGUUGACUGACAGCACAGACUUCUGUCUUCUUGUGGAGGAGAUCUAGUAGUACCACAUGGUGUGGAUGGGUAUUUCAGGAGGUCCCCCUCUCACUUCCUGACAGGGACUGUUGUCUUUAACCACACGAGAUAUAGGAGACCUUAACACUGCUGUUUUAAGCAGUCCAGUGCAUAUGGUAACAACGACAGCCCUGUCUGUCACAUUACCUUAUUUAAUGUCAUAUACAUUUGUAAAGAAGUGAGAAAUAAAAACGUUUAA